AGCGCAGUUAGUUUUCAAAUAAUCACACAAACUCGUGAGUACUAUUUUCAUGUGUUACCAGUGAUAGUAGACGGUAGAAAGUUUCGAACGCGCAACGCCAGAGUACUCUUUGGAUGAAAAUGACUCUUCAAAAAACUAGCGAGCUACGAGAGAUAACACGCAUUGAACGUAUUGGAGCACACUCACACAUUCGAGGCUUAGGGCUUGAUGAAAAGCUUGAGCCCAAACCAACAGCCCAAGGUAUGGUUGGGCAAGUUAGUGCUCGCAGAGCUGCGGGGCUGCUUCUUGAAAUGAUAAAAGAGGGCAGAAUCGCUGGUCGAGCAGCUUUACUUGCUGGCGAACCUGGCACUGGCAAAACGGCUAUCGCUAUGGGGCUUGCAGCUGCUCUUGGGCCUGAUACGCCGUUCACCGCUAUUUCAGGCUCCGAGAUCUACUCUCUUGAUAUUAGCAAAACAGAGGCCCUCAUGCAAGCAUUGCGAAAGAGUAUCGGAGUGCGCAUCAAAGAAGAAACAGAGAUUAUCGAAGGCGAAGUGGUCGAAAUUCAAGUCGAUAGGCCAGCCACUGGACAGGGAAUCAAGGUCGGUAAAUUGACUUUGAAGACAACGGAAAUGGAGACUGUUUACGACCUGGGUUCAAAGAUGAUAGAGUCGAUGCUAAAGGAGAAGGUCGUCGCGGGGGAUAUCAUCUCUAUUGACAAAGCAACCGGAAAAGUCACAAAGUUGGGACGGAGUUUUACUAGGGCACGGGAUUACGAUGCCACCGGACCGCAGUCGAAGUUCGUUCAAUGCCCUGAGGGUGAAUUGCAGAAGCGGAAAGAGGUUGUCCAUACAGUGACUUUGCAUGAGAUUGACGUAAUCAACUCAAGAACACACGGCUUCCUUGCGCUCUUUUCGGGAGAUACAGGUGAAAUUAAAGCUGAGGUCCGAGAGCAGAUUAAUGCUAAGGUAACAGAGUGGCGAGAGGAGGGCAAAGCAGACAUCGUCCCAGGAGUUCUGUUCGUCGAUGAAGUGCACAUGCUGGACAUUGAGUGCUUCAGUUUUCUUAAUCGCGCUUUAGAGACUGACCUUGCCCCUAUCCUUAUCAUGGCUACCAACAGAGGAAUGACGAAGGUUCGAGGCACAGAUUAUCCAUCUCCUCAUGGCAUUCCUGUGGACUUAUUAGAUCGUGUGCUUAUUAUUUCAACGAUUCCGUAUGUCGAGAAAGAGAUUAAGCAAAUUUUGAAGGUCCGCUGUGAAGAAGAAGAUGUUAAGAUGAAUGACGAUGCCCUCGCGAUACUCACCAAAAUCGGCUCUGAAACCUCCCUCAGGUAUGCCAUUCAGCUGAUCACGACAGCAAAUCUUGUUGCGACAAAGCGUGGCGCAACUGAAGUAGCGAUUCCUGAUAUUAAACGAGUCUAUUCAAUGUUCUUCGAUUCCAAAAGAUCGCAAAGCUUCCUUGACGAAUAUCAGGCACAGUUUCUGUGUCACACAUCUUAAUAAUACCAUAUAGCCGUUUCCUCAAUGUGCAGCUUCACAGCUUCGCUGUGCGCACAUUCUGAAUCUAUCUGUGAGAUGAUUGGCUAUGAAAAGCAUUAAAUAUGUGGAUGGACUGAGAUAUUAAAAAAAAACUCAUGCGUAACAUAUAUCAUAGUAGUUAGAAAUCAGUUUCUAUAGACAGUCUAUCCAUGUUACAUAUAU